AGUACAACGCCGACAGUGAUGAUAUAAACACUUUUUGACUGCUCAGCAAGCCAGCAUCAUUCAAAUCAUAAUAAUAAUAAUAAAAUCAUGGCUGGAACAGUCACGAAAUGUACCAAAGACAAUACCCUUGACCAUGUCCUUACACAAGUGGGUGAUUUUGGCCGUUAUCAAAUAUUUAUCUUUACUCUGUUAUCAUUCGCGGGGAUAUUACAUGCCCUAAUGCAUUUUGCUUUUGUGUUCACAUCAAAAAACCCUGGAUAUCGAUGUCAAAUACCAGAGUGUGAUAACUCAACAUCAACAACAGAUCUAAAUGAGUUUCAUCCAUCGUGGUUGAUCAAUGCAAUACCUUUCACAAAUGGCAAACCAGAAAAAUGUCAGAGAUUUCAAUCCAACCGUCAUAAUAUACCUUCAAAUGAAUAUGAACAUUGCGACGAUGAUCAUUUCAACAGAGAUGUCCUGAAUGCUUGUGAUGAUGGAUAUGUGUACGACACUGAUAAGAUAUCAAUUGUGAAUGAUUUUAAUAUUCACUGUGAUGAAAAUAUGUGGAUGUUAACAAUGGUUGGCACUAUUAACACAAUAGGACAAUUUGUGGGUUUGCCUUUGGCCGGAAUUGUUUCUGAUAAAUUCGGAAGGAGAGCCACUUUAGUUUGGGGAAUAAUACUUGGAGCAAUCGCUGGAAUAAUUCGUGCAUUCACUACGAAUUAUAUUAUGUUUGUGGUUUUUGAGUUUUUAGAUGCUGCAUUGAGCGCUGGAACAUUUGCCUGCGUUUUUAUUCUUGGAGUGGAAUUAGUGGGACCAUCAAAACGUGUCCUUGCCUGUACGGUCAUAGCAAGUUGUUGUGCUGUUGGUGAAGUUGUCAUAGCUUUAUUAGCAUGGUGGAUCACAUCAUGGCGUAAUUUAAUCUUGGUAUCCUACAUACCUGUGCUUCUUCUGAUAACGUACUUAUGGCUCAUCCCUGAAUCUGUCCGUUGGUUAUUAAGUCAAGGACGUUCUGAAGAAGCCAAAGAUGUUUUACGUCGAGUAGCACUUCACAACCGAACAACAAUCAGUGAAGACGCCUUGCACAAACUAACAAUCUCCGAAGAAAACGCCCCGCGUGAUUCUCUGUACAAAAUAUUCAAAUCUGCAACGCUUCUAGGACGUUUCAUCAACUGCUGCUUCUGUUGGAUCACAUGCGCGUUUGUCUUCUAUGGUCUCACAUUAAAUUCGGUGUCCUUGGCGGCUGGCAACAGUUACGUAGACUUUAUUUUGACUUCCUUAGUGGAAAUUCCUGCUUAUAUUGCUACAUACAUGGUUGUGGACAAAUAUGGCCGACGAAUGACUCAAUGCUAUUCAUUUUUGAUAACUGGCAUCUCGUCGUUGAUUUUUAUUUUUGCUGAUGAGGAGAAUUAUCAUCUACAACUGUUUGUGUAUUUAUUUGGAAAAUUUGGAGCCACUGCAGCAUUUACGAUCAUAUAUAUUAUUGCUAGUGAAGUUUUUCCUACACCUAUGAGGCAUUCGAUGAUUGGAGCAUGUUCUAUGAUCGGGAGGAUUGGAUCUGUUAUGUCGCCACAGAUGCCCAUAUUAGGCCAGAUUUGGCAACCGCUGCCAUUGUUACUUUUUGGAUGCAUGUCUACAGUAGCCGGAGGUUUAUCUUUAUUUUUUCCUGAGACGUUGAAUACGAAACUUCCAGAUACAAUCGAAGAAGCGGAAAAUAUUGGGAAGCAUAAAGAUAAAAAUGAACUUUUGUAUUUAAAAAAAAUAAUGGCCGGUGCAGUGUCCAAAACAAGCAAAGAUAACACGCUGGAUUAUGUCCUCGCACAAUUGGGCGACUUUGGUCGCUAUCAGGUGCUCAUCUUCGUCCUGUUUGCCUUCGCAGUCAUUACGCAUUCGAUGAUGCACAUCGCUUUUGUUUUCACUUCGAAAAAUCCAGGCUAUCGAUGUAAUAUUCCACAAUGUGAAAAUUCGACAACUGAAUCAUUGAAUGAAUUUAAUCCGGAAUGGUUAACAAAUGCAGUGCCUUACACGAAUGAAAAACCAGCGGUUUGUCUGCGAUUCCAGCCUGUAAACGAAAGUGUGAAUCAAGAAGGACAUUGUGAGUCUGGUGACUUCAAUAGAGAUGUCCUGUAUGCUUGUGAGGAUGGAUACGUGUAUGACACUGACAAGAUUUCCAUUGUGAACGAUUUUGAUAUUCAUUGUGAUGAAAACACGUGGAAAUUGACGAUUGUAGGCACUAUUAAUAAUAUUGGACAAUUUGUGGGAUUACCAUUAGCUGGACUUGUCUCUGAUAGAUUCGGACGUAGAGCGACUUUAGUCUGGGGAAUGGUUUUAGGAGGUCUAUCGGGCAUUAUCCGAUCAUUCUCAACAAAUUACAUCAUGUUUGUAAUUUUCGAAUUUUUCGAUGCUGCAUUCAGCGCCGGCACGUACGCAUGCGGAUUCAUUUUAGGUGUUGAGCUCGUAGGUCCAUCUAAACGUGUCUUGAGUGGAACAAUUAUUUCAAGUUGUUAUGCUGUUGGAGAAGUGGCCAUAGCUUUAUUAGCGUGGUGGAUCACAUCAUGGAGGACAUUAAUAUUGGCAUCAUACAUUCCUGCGUUGUUCCUGAUAACGUAUUUAUGGCUUACCCCGGAAUCUGUGCGUUGGUUACUGAGUCAAGGACGUUAUGAUGAAGCCAAAGCAGUUCUACGUCGUGUGGCAUCCGUAAACAAAACAACAAUAAGCGAAGACGCCUUGGAUAAGCUUACCCUGGCUGAGGAAACCGCCCAGCGUGAUCCACUCUCAAAACUAUUCAAAUCUCCAUCGCUGCUGUUGCGUUUCAUCAAUUGUUGCUUCUGUUGGAUCACAUGCGCGUUCCUAUUCUACGGACUCACCUUAAAUUCGGUGUCCUUGGCAGCUGGCAACAGUUACAUCGACUUUAUAUUGACUUCCUUAGUGGAAAUUCCUGCCUAUAUUGCCACAUGCGUGAUUGUUGACAGAUUGGGCCGACGAUUGACCCAAUGCUAUUCAUUUUUAAUCACAGGCAUCUCAUCGUUGAUAUUCAUCUUUGCUGAUGACAAAAAUUAUUAUCUACAACUGUUUGUGUAUUUAUUUGGUAAAUUCGGAGCUACUGCAGCGUUCACGAUCAUAUAUAUCAUCACCAGUGAAGUUUUCCCAACACCAAUGAGACAUUCCAUGAUGGGAGUUUGUUCUAUGAUAGGAAGGAUUGGUUCUAUGGUAUCACCACAAAUGCCUUUAUUGGGCCAAAUUUGGAAGCCAUUACCACUGUUAUUGUUCGGUGUGUUGUCUACAAUAGCCGGAUUCCUGUCACUUUUGUUCCCUGAAACUUUGAAUACAAAACUGCCUGAUACCAUAUACGAAGCAGAAAAUAUUGGCAAACAAAAGAAGGACCCCGAGCAACAAUGACAGAUUCCUGUAAUAAUUCAUAAACCUAGGUAAUAAUGGCCAAGUUACUGUGAUUUUAAAAUAAUAUUACCUAUAAGGAAGAUAACACGUAAGCUAGACACCGAAAAUAAACUAUAUCUAUGCAUAAAUAAA